AUGGCGGGACUUGAAUCCAUGGUCGUAGAAGAGGUUAAGCCAGUUGAUAGAGAAAAGACUUGUCCAUUAUUACUCCGUGUGUUCUGUUCUACUGGAAGGCAUAAUUCUCCUGGUGACUAUGCUAGGGGAAAUGUACCUCAAAACGAACUUCAAAUUUAUACAUGGAUGGAUGCAACACUUAGAGAACUCACUGGGUUAGUGAAAGAAGUUAAUCCUGAGACAAGGCGUAAAGGAACAUAUUUUGAUUUUGCAAUAGUAUAUCCAGAUAUGAGAACUCCAACUUAUCGCAUGAGAGAGAUUGGUGUGACAUGUUCAGGACAACGUGGUGGUGAUGAUAAUAAAACGUUAGCUCAAGUUAAAUUUCAGAUCGGCAACUAUCUAGAUAUUUCUAUUACUCCAUCCAACAGAAUGCCACCCCCCAUGAGGAGACCACAACCAUAUAUGAAUAAUCGUCCUUAUUAA